GUCGCGCCCCGGCCCGAGUGGCUGCAGGGAGGGCCACCCCGCCGCGAGUUAGGGAACGACUUCCCGGCUGGGAAGGGACGCAGAGCCUCCCUCCCCCGGCGGCCCAGCUGAAUUCACAGCGUCUAGAACUGCCUGCCUUAGGUCUCGCUCUUUUAAAGUAACGAUUUUACACUGUAAUUUGCUUACAAGGCCGCCUUGUGGUGACUCUCGUCUUAUUCUCUUCAACCGGUGCUGUCUUCUUUCCGUACUACGCCCCGAACCCCAACGACCCGCUCUAUCCGCUCAAAUACGGAACAGCUUUCUGGGUUUAAAAUACUGUUAAUAACCAUGCUGGAAAAUAAGACAAUUUCCUCUUCCACCAAAGGUGAUCAACCCAAAAAAGACAAUGCCGUAUCACAAGAACUGGUGCUUGUUAGUGCCCCUACAGAAGCGGCUGAAAUUUUUCAUGAAAAUAAAAGGACAAAUACUGAAGAAGUAAAUACAGCCAUUUACUUUAACUACCCAUGUCGAAGGCAGAGCUGUGCUCUAGUAAACAUCCCAGCACCAUGUGUCAACAAAAUUAUUUCACACAUUGAAAAUGUGGAGUCAAAAAUACAGGAUCAUUUGAAACAGUUUAGUUUCUGCAUUGAUGCUUCUAAAUUGCUUAUGUUUGAAACAUGUUUGGAAAAAUGGAGAUCUUCUCCCUCAACUCUGAAAGAAGAUUGGAGUACUGCUACAACAGAGAAAAAAGUCAAACAAGAAGAAAAGAAAGGUGAAAACUAUCAAGAAUUAAAGCAAGAAAUGGAAACCUUGCUGUCAGAGACCAUCCAUCUUAUCAAAAGCCUGGAAACUGACCGAGCAGAAGCUGAACAAGCCUUAAAACAACAAAAAUCAAGAAAGAAAUUGAUUAUCAUGAGAAUUGACUCUUGGUCUAUCUGGAGACUUCAAGAACUACCACUAGCUGUGCAGAAAGAACACCAGGCCUAUUUGAGAGAUAUUAUAGAAUUAAGGUGGCACCUGGAAGACAGAAAGCGUCAGCUGGAACAUCUGGAGAAACAAAAGACACAGCUAGAGGAAGCGAACGCAAAGCUUCAGGCGGAUAUAGACUUCAUGCAGGAUCGCAUAGCUCUGCUGGACUCAAAGCGGAGGCAGGAAGUGGCAAUUCUGCAGGAACUUUACGAAAAAAAAUUUGAGGUAAUGGAGAUAUUCAGACAAAUUCAUGAAGAAUUUGAACAAGUUACAGAAGACUCUGAAAAUGCCACAUGGCAGGUUCAAGAAAAUAAAGAAGAAAUGGAUGAAGAGAUUCGUAAUCACGAAAUAAACCUAGAGACACAGAGGAAAGAGUUAGAUAAACUAAACAAUCUGAGUACUCACUACUCAUCAAAAAUAGGAGAUUUUAAAACGGAUAUAGAGGAGAGUGAAGAGAUAGUGACAGAAGUACUAAGGGAAGAAAGAUCAUCAACAGAUGAAGCAUCUACUUUAUCAAGAACAGUGGAUGAUUUGAGGAAGACUUUUGAUCAACUUUGCUGGAAGUACAGAAAAUACGAACAGCAGUAUACGGAGGUCCUUAAUGAUUUUUAUGCCGCUAAAAGAACAUGGGAUGCUGAACUUUCUAAUGUUACAAAAGACUUGUCAAACAUUUCAAUAGCAUAUGCUCAAGCAAUGGGAGAAAAUAAAAGGCUUGCAAAUGAAAUCAUCACCGUAACAGAUCAAAUCAAUGAAAGUAUAAAAAGAAAAGUGGGGUAUGAAUCUGAAGUUCAAUCUUUACUGAAACUGAAGUCAAAAAACAAUGAUUAUCUCAAACACCUAUACAAGGAGGCUUAUCAAAUUGGUGCUCUUUUCCACGUAACCAAAAAUAAAACAGACGAUAUGGAACUUAAAGUAUCAGAAGUGAGAAGAAAAUUUAAGGUUAGAGAAGAGUUUCUGAAAAGACUCAUUCGAGGGAAAGUGGCUGCUGGGAUAAUAAUUCAGAAAAGACUAUAUUCCGUUCAGGAAACCCAGUCACUGGAGAGGCAGAACCUUAUGAAGAGGAAAGCAAUAUAUGCCCUCACGCUGGCGGAAAUACUGGAGCCUCUCCAGCAACUAGAAGAGGAUGCUGUAAGAAUCCAAGCCAUGCACAAAGAACAGGCUCAGAAUCUCAGUGAUGUACUUCAGAAGGAAAACUAUGUUAAAAGAAAAGUGAUACAAACAAAGAAUAAACUGCAAAGAAAGGAAAAGAAAACUCUUAGUAAACUAACAAAAACUGAGAGUAAACGCUCAUUAAUUUUUGAAGAAUUACAGUCUACUAAAAGCAAAACAGUCACUUUUAAUGCAAAAAUAAAUGAAAUGAACAAACAGUUACAAGAAAAGGAACAGGAAAAGGCAGAGUAUGAUCAGAAACUUGAAAAUUUAAAAAAUAUAUUUUUAACUAUGAGAUUUAAAAAGGAACAAGCACAAGCUGUGUUUGAUCAUCUCACGGAAGAGAAAAGAGCCUGCGAAGAGAGGAUCUCUGAGGAAGAUCAGAUGUUUAGAACACUCCUCG